UUUCAUCUGGCAACACUGAAAUUACCUAACAAUAUUUGACAACACACCUCCGGCAUAGAGUAGUAACUAACUACUUUAUUAUUCUAUGUAAGAAUCGGGAAACUGAACAUAAACUCACCCGGAUUAAGCUGAAAAUGCAUACGGACCUGUCCGCCCAUCUGCACACGCCCGCCUGCAACCAGUUGAUUGAGGAACUCCAGGCCUGCCACAAAAACAACGCAUUCGCCAAAUUCGUGGGCAUUUGCAACUCCAUCGACGACAAGGUGGUAAAGUGUCUCAAGGGCGAACGAAUUGCCCGAUCGGCCGCUAAUCGCGCCAAAGCCCGCGAACGUCAGGCGAAGUACAAGGAAAAGUUGAUCCAGGGCGAGAGUAAUUAG